AUGGCCAUCAUAGGCACAGAACAACAACAAUCAUAAUAGUAAAAGUAAAAAUAAUAGUAAAAGCCAUUGUAUUCUGUCUUUCCACAUAAAGAUAAGGUGAGGUGGUUAAAAAAAAAAAAAUGAGGGGUGUUCCAAAGAAACUAAGUGCUGCUAUAUCCUUAUUAGAUAUCCUGGCUGGAUUAAGACAAAGUCAACCUCCUUUAGUUAACUGUUUAAUAAUUUAUUAGUGUCUCAUCUCUCCAGUCCCAAGUUCCCCAAGUUUCAACAUGAACUAAUAAGGUAUCAGAGUCAGGUUUACCUCUAUCAGUUAGGAACUGGUUCUUCUGUUGCUAUGGAAACUAACUGGCUCACCUAUAGCAACCUAGGUCUAUAUCAGGUAGGCACUGAUUCAUAUACCUCCUUUUCCAAAUAUUGCUGUGAUUAAGGGAAAAAAAUUGGUAGAAUGCUGAUCAAGAUUAGGGGUGCAUUCUGUUGCUAUGGAAACUAACUGGAUUACAUAUAGGACCACACAGACCACAUAUCACAGGUCCUCCACUUGUUAAAUGUACCCCUGAUGAAUGUCUGUUGAAUUGAAUCAUGCUGAUACACCAGAUCCUGUUGACCAGAAUUAUAGCAAGAAAGGCCCAGCUGGUGCCCAAAACCCAGCUUGGGAGAUUCUGGAUUCUCAUCACUUUCAUCAGCAUUCUCUGUAUUUCUCUCCAGAUGCUGGGAAACCUCCAACAGAGUUGCAAACAGGAAAUCAAACAUCUCAUCCUUCAGCAAAAUAUCAACCUCCCACAGACUUCGCAGGUUCAGAAAAACUGCAAUUCCACAUUGUCCCCUCAUUCCUUGAACAGGGUUCCCAUUGGUCACACUGAAGCAAUCCCAACUCAAGUCUCCCUCCAAAGAAUGAAGCAAAACAAAGCACUCAAUCCCACUUUGCAAAUGCAGAAUGACCUGAAUUACUCAGAGGAGAAUGCCUUAGUUGAUUUAUGGUGGCUUUCUUAUUCCUCCAAGCAUCCAAAACCUUCAUUGUGGGGUUCUAAAAAAGUAGCCAAGGAUAAAGAUUGGACUCUUCCUCAGAUCAAGAGCUCUAAGCCACCUCCCAAGGCUGCACAGAUGAAUAAAAAAAGAGACUUGGGGAAGAAAAUGGAGAUGGUUGUGAGUUCUGCAAGCAGAUCCUUUGACUCAGUAGGUGGGUCACAACAGAAUCACCCUCAGAGCACAAUCCCAAAAUAUGGUAGGGCCCAGUCUCAAGGAAAAAUCAUGAAAGAUUCCCUAUUCAGACAAAAAAUAUCACUUAAAGAUCCGAUUACAAGGUCCAGGACUCCACUUUCACCUUCUCUGACCCCUCGUUUGCGAGAUGGCCUUUUCUCUUCCCAUGAGGCAGCCUGCACAAGCAAGACCCACAUCUUUUUCUUGAAGGUCCACAAGAGUGCCAGCAGCACCAUCAUGAACAUCCUCUUCCGUUUUGGAGAACAACGAAAUCUCACCUUUGCUCUUCCAAUCAACCAGAACAGUCAACUUUUCUACCCUUCCUAUUUUGUGGCUGAGGUGGUGGAGGGGUUCACAGGUGAAACAAGUCCUUCAUUUGACAUCAUGUGCCACCACUUGAGGUUCUUGCAAACAGAGGUUCAGAGGGUCAUGCCAAAUGACACCUUCUACUUCUCCAUCAUGCGAAAUCCUAUUCACCUCAUGGAGUCAUCUUUCUCGUACUACAAGGGUAGCUCUUCCUUUUUCAACGCCAAAAGCCUGGAUGAUUUCUUAAACAACACAAGCAAAUUCUAUGAUCCCCUGAAAACUGACAGCCAAUACAGCAGAAAUCUCAUGGCCUUUGACUUUGGUUUCAACCACAAUGGCAAGGCCUCGGCCCAGCACACUCGGCUGCUUGCUCGAGUCAUUGAAAGCCAGUUUGAUCUUGUCUUGAUUGCAGAGUAUUUCGAUGAAUCCAUGGUACUACUAAAAGACGCCCUGUGCUGGAGCCUAGAUGAUGUCAUGUCAUUCCCCAUCAAUCAGCAAGAUGCCUCUUACCGUUCCUCACUGUCCCCUAGCACUAUUCAGAAGAUCAAGAGCUGGAACAAGCUGGACUGGGAGCUCUACCUUCAUUUCAAUCGGACCUUCUGGGAAAGAAUUAACCAGAGUAUGAGCAGGGAGUACCUGCAGCAAGAGGUGGCUGCCCUGAGGAAGCGAAGGAAGCAACUGGCAAAGAUCUGCCUCCAGAAGGAACAAAGCGUCCAUUCCUGGAACAUUGAGGACAAAUUGCUAAAACCAUUCCAGUACGGAAGAGCUAAAAUUCUUGGCUACAACUUAAGGCAUGGGUUGGACGAGGCAACAAAGCAGGCCUGCCAGAGCUUUGUCAUGCCUGAACUUCAGUACAGUAAAAGGCUAUACGAGAGACAAUUUCCCCAAAAAGCCCUCUGGCUCAGCCAGGCAAAGAAAUAUUCCAAGGCCCACAGCAAAAAGAAAGAGAGACCGCCCAAGAGCUAUUCCCAAACAUCUGAAGCAUCUUUUUUCUAACCCGAGAUUUGACUGAUUCAGAACCAGGAGGGGAUACUGAUGUGGGCUCCUGUGGCCCAUCAGCAUUCAGUGGUCAUGCUCAAAAGGCCCAUGUUCUGGACCCUCUGCUGAGUACUGAACAACAUUAGUUGAAAAAGUUACAAUCUGGGGGCUGGAUACAUGAAAUAGUGAACUAGACACACAUAGGAUUCUUUAGAAGUUAAAUAGGAGUAUGAACGCUCUCAGAUAAAUAGAAACUUGGAUUUUCUCCAUUUUCUCCCCUGAAGGGAGUCCUAAGCAAAUAGACGUCAUAUUCCUCAAAAUACUUUGAAUAUUUGAGAUCAAAUAUAUAAUAUCAAAUAUUUUAUCCCUAGCAUUAGACUAAUGGACAUAUGCACCCUUCUCCCUGGCACAGGUUCAUUCUAAAACUAACACUGAGCUUUGGCUAAAAUAAGAACAUGAUCUUCAAGUAAUCCCAUAACACAGUUGGUGACCAGGUAUGGAAAAUUGUCAUGACCAAUUUAAACAAUGAGCAGUUUAUUAGGGGAGGUGAUUAGGGGAGGCAGGGGAGUCUAAAAGUAGAAGGACCCAACAUCUGAUGUCCAAAAUUUGUUUGGAAAAGUCCACUGUUGACCAGGAGACCAAAAAAAAAAAAAAAAAAAUACUGGUUGCCUAUUAAGGACUUUUAUCUUAACAUCUUCUUAGCAUCAUCUUUGGGAUUUUUAUAACAACUGAUGAAGAUGUAAAGUGUCAUAAAAAGAGUGGAUGGACCUUUACAACAGUUCCCAAGAAAUAAUUUCUCUUUUGCCUAAUAGGAUCAGUGUCUCUGCUAUCCCACACUGUAGACUAUUUGCUCAGCAAAUCAGGAAAGAAAGCAGACAAAUAUGAUUCCCCCAUUGUUUGUCCCAGCUUGCAAAUCUGUUUUCAAAUGUCUGCCAAUUCUUAUACAGCGGCUCUCUCAAAAGAGCAGAGAUAUCACCGGCAUUUAUCAUGGUCCUGUGAAAUUGGCAACUCCCUUCCUUCAAAAAAAAAAAAAAAAAAAAAACUGAGGCUCAAAAAAAGAAAAUGCAUGGCAUGGUCACAUACUUAAAUUGAUCUUGCAAGAGAGUGUCCUGCCAUCAUUCAACUGGCAUUGAGUACCUCUGGGCCAGUGCUAUACUAAACUGUGUGUGUAUACGUAUACACACACACACACACACACAUUUUAGACUGGACCUGUGAUUUUUCAAUGUGGGAUAUUUCAGUAUGGAAAUUUCCUCAGUGACUGAGACUGGCAAAUUGCCUAUAACUUAAAAGAGUUGUUUGGGGGUCAGAGACAUUAAUUGAAUUGCCCAUGUCACAACUAGUAUAUUUUAGAGGCAGGACUUUUUAGAAGUAAGACCUGAGUCCAGGUUUUCCUGUUCCAAAAGCCAGCCCCUUUAUUCACUAAAUCAAGGUGACUCUACUAAAUGUUACAAAAGAACACAUAUUUUUGAAGAGUCUAGUUAGGGAGACAUGGCAUUCAUGAAAUAAGAUAAUAAAAUUACUAGGCAUUACUGCCAUCCACAUAACCAAUUCCUCCCCAAUUGUCAUUCCUACUUGCUAAAUGCAAUCUUAAGAGUCCUAAUUUUUCUCUCCCAUCCAAUUAUUUCCAAAUCCAAUCCUCCAUCCCGAUCUUAAUUUUCCCAUAAUGCGAAUAAUUGCCCUUUUCUACUACUAUUUAAUGAGCUUCCUAUAUACAAUGAUCUAAAACCUAUAGCUUCCUUCUUUUGUACUUCUUCAGUCCCUUUGCAGGAUGCUCCCACUUAAAAAUUCCCUAUUUCCAUAUUGUAAUCUAGUUGGUUCUAUCAUCUUUCUCAGUUCCUUCCAUUUAUUUCCCAUUGUAUUUUCGGGUAUAACUUUCUCAUUCCUACAUUAACCUUCCUCCUCCACCAAUCCCAUUGCAUUGCCCUUGCUCAUAUUUCCUUGUUUUCCUCCUCCUUCCCCAUCUGUUGACUCUUUUCAGUUUCUUCUUAUUCCCUCCAACAUCCACAUUUCUAAAAAAUAUUGGAGAUAAGGCCCCUUUCCACCUUCUCAGCUUCAGCUACUUCCUAAUGAUCCAGUCUGAAGAGCCACAUCAUUGGUAGAAAAUUUUGCUUUAGUCAGGCUUCACACAUAAUGCUUUAUAGCCUUCUAGUUGAUAAUGCUUCUUCCCCAACUUGGACAUAAUUUUAUAUUUACUGCGUAUGUGUUUUAUGUUUAUUUACCUGUGCACAUUUUUUUCUCUUAGUAGAAAGUAAAUUCCUUGAGACCAGGGACUGUUAUGAAUUUUUUUGAGAAGUAUAUUCAGUUUAGUAAAGGAAGAUGACAAGUACAAACUUUAAGGUAAGAUACCCAAAUGAAAAUACCCUAGUAUGCAGGGCUAGAGAUAUAUAGAUUUAGGAAUCUGGUAAUGUUAGAAACUAUGGGAAGGGAUGAUUUAAUUUAGGAAUGGGGAGGGGUCAAUAGAAGCAAAAGUGAAAAGAGAACUGAGUCAAAAAGAAUUUAGCAGUUUGAAGAUGGUAAGAAGAGGAACAACAUAAAAAGACAGAUAAUUAGAGACAACAAUAGGAAAAAAGAAUAAGGAACCAAAAAAGGAGAAGAUAUACACACAUGUCAAAUGGUUAGGAUAGCAAAGAAACAAUCAU